AUGUCUUCCUCCACCGAGUUUCCACCUGCCUCCGACGCGUCAGAGGCCGAAAAACAUCAAGUUGAACAUUUUGAGGCUCGGGAGAACGCAUCCUCUGAUCCAGCUGUCAAUGAUACCUCCAAUCAGGAUGCCUUCGCUUGGAACUACGACGUGAUUGCCACCUUGGUCGCCUUGAACUCUCUCUAUUUUGCCGCGUCAUGGGGCCUGAUUGCUCCUACCGCUGUGAUAGGGUUUAUCGUUCGGGCUUUUCCCGAGUCCUCCAAUGUCGCAGCAUGGAUUUCAGCCUCGGUGACGAUCCUUAAUUGCGUCCUGCAAGCCUUUAUUGGCGAUCUAUCUGAUAUUCUUGACCGCCGUUGGUUUCUCCUUGUCGGUGCUCUCUUUGGGAUUACAGGUACUCUGGUGUCUGGCCGUGCAACAAGCAUGGAAAUGGUGAUUGGCGGCCAAGUUCUGAACGGCGUUGGGCUAACACUUGAUUUCCUGGCCAUUUCCCUAUCAGCAGAAGUGGUCCCUAAAAGGAACCGGCCGAUAAUCAGCGCCAUUUCAAUGAUUGUCUCCGGGGUUGCUACGGUGCUCGGCCCCUUGAUUGAGGGCGCCUUCAUCAAGCACAAUGUGGGUGGUGCAGCUGAGGGCUGGUGUGCUGGGUUCUAUUUCGCUGCCGGGUUCUACACUGUCGCCUUCAUCCUCACCGCAUGGCUCUAUCACCCUCAAGAGCGGCCUAACCCUGAAGGCAUCUCGAAGACACGCCGCCUGUUGCAUAUUGACUGGUUUGGCGUCUUCCUCAUAACCGCUGGACUGGUCUUGUUGCUUGUUGCCCUCAACUAUGGCGGGAAUCCUGAUCCAUGGGGCUCCGCCAAAGUGCUCGCUACGAUGAUUCUGGGUAUUGUCUGUCUGUUUGGCUUCGUCGCGUGGAGCUGGAAGGGGACGUCUGAAGGUAUUGUCCGGCAUGACCUAUUUCAGCAUCGAAAUUUCCCCAUCGCCUUGCUUGUGGUUUUCACCGCGGGUAUGGUUUUCUUUGGUGGCCAGGCAUAUAUUCCUCAGGAGGUUCUAUACCUUUUCACUUCCGAUCCUGUCAUGACCGCGAUCUGGUCCUACCCAUAUAACAUCACCACAAUUCUCGGGGCUGCCUUCAGUGGGCUUUACAUGGCCUGGAGCAAGGAGGCUAAGGGUCUAAUGAUCGGCUCCUUUGCAUUCCUGACUCUCGGAUCGGGGCUGAUGGCAAUUGUGAAACCCGGCAUCAAUUUCGCCGGGUGGUUCUUCCCAACAGCAAUCAUGGGCUUUGCCGUGGGCGUCCAGGUCGCCACCAGCAUCGUGAUCGUCAGCCUGUGCACCCCUGAUCGUUUUAUCGCGCUAUCUGUCUUACUCGCGGGCGCACUUCGUGCCCUCGGUGGAAGCAUUGGGGUUACAAUCUUCAAUUCUAUCUAUUCCUCCAAGAUACGCAACUUCCUGCCGAAGAAAGUCUCAGAGGUGCUUAUUGAAACUGACUUCUCGCGAGCCAUAAUUGCGCAAAUUGCCCCUAGAAUCCUGGCGGCUAUUGAGGCGGGCAGUGCGGAGGCGAUCCUCCAGGUACCUGGUAUGACGCUCGAAAUUGCUACAGAGAUUCAGCAUAGCGUGCAGGAGGCAUAUGCAGAUAGUUUCUGA